GUUCAGUUCAUAUUCCGACGCGAUCGGGUCUCAAGUGCGAAUCAGUGGAGGAGCCGCCGCCCCAUCAAAUCAACCAUUUAUACGACAUACACAUAUAAAUUCAAGCUACAACGGCCACGACCAUGGCUGUCAUCGUCAGCUGCCUAUUACUGUUCCUUGCGAGUCUCUCGCAUGCAAAGACCAACGCGGGCUUUGAUGCCUCAAUUGAUCGCAAUUUGCUGGCCGCUGAUCUCUACAAUGCGGUGGGCGCGGAUCAUCUGAAUGAGAAUGUUGUGAUUUCACCGGCUAGCAUACAGAGCUCCAUGGCAUUGGCCUUUGUGGGAGCCAAGGGUCAGACGGCCAGCGAGCUGCAGCAGGGCUUGAGGCUGGGCCCUGGGGAUGUGGACCAGGUAAGCCAGCGCUUUGGGAGCUACCAGCAGUCGCUGACACGCGACAACAAUCUGCGGCUGGCCAAUAACAUCUACAUCAACGAGAACCUGGAGUUCAAGGGCUCCUUCCGGGACGUGGCCCAGCGCCAGUUCGACUCGAACAUCGACAAGCUGGACUUCCAUCCGCCGUACAACAAGCGGACAGCGGAGGGCAUCAACCGAGGGAUCGCCACCAAGACCAAUGGCAAGAUCACCGACAUCCUUGCCGCCGAGCUGCUCAACGAUCGCACCGAGGGCGUCAUUGUGAAUGGAAUCUCCUUUGCGGCGCCCUGGAUGAAGGCCUUCAAGCUGGACAAGACCGAGAAGCGCUCCUUCCGCACCGGCAACGGACAGUCCGUCCGCGUUGACACCAUGUGGACCCUGCAGAACUUCAACUAUGCCGAGGUGCGCACCCUGGAUGCCAAAGUCGUGGAGCUGCCCUACCAGAACGCCGAUUUCUCGAUGCUGCUGCUCCUGCCCAAUCGCAAGGAUGGUCUGAGGUCCCUCCAGCAGUCCCUGGUGGGCAAGAAUCUGCUCGCGGAGAUCGGAGAGAUGAGCCAGCAUAAGGUGGAGGUGCAGCUGCCUAAGUUCAGCGUUACCUUUGGCCUAAGCCUCGAGAAACCCUUCAAGCAGCUGGGUGUCCACACCAUGUUCUCCCGGGACGGAGACUUUAGCAACAUGUACCGCAUGUUUGUGAGCCACUUCAUCAAUGCCGUGGAGCACAAGGCCAAUGUUGAAGUGUCGGAGGCGGGCGUCGAACUACCCCUGGAAUCAGGCGUACUCAAGGGCCUCUUCUCGAGGUCCAAGAAGUUCGAGGCCGAUCAUCCAUUCGUGUUUGCUGUGAAGUACAGGGACUCGAUAGCCUUCAUCGGGCACAUUGCCAACUAUGCGUAUGUCUGAGGCGUACUCUUGCAUAUUUUAUACUCUUUGUUAAUUACACUUAUUGUUGAUAAAAACAGCUAAGUAAAAGCUUUUUAAAAAGCCACAUUGUGGUUGAAUUUACAAUAAUAAAUAAAUUAAAUUCUUGCGAAAAAUUAA